CUGAGCUUUAUUUAUUUCUUAAAGGUAAGUCUAAUAUUUUUCGCUCUGGUUAUUUUAAGAAAGUUAACAGUAAAUGUACAGUCAUGGUUUAGAAUAAAAAAUUAUCUUUCUUUUGCCACUGGAUUUACUGCCAGUGUAACUGGUUUGACUGGAUGUUCUUGCCAGAUUUUAAUUAGAGCAAUCACAUUCCUGUCUAAUUACAAUUACAUGUUUUACAGAUAGUAUUCACAGCAUGAAGUGCCUCCUCAUUAGUCUGUUUGCAGCUGUUUGUGAUUUUCUUUAUCAUGAAUAGAGCAAGAUUAGAUUUUUAAUACAAAAGGUUUCCUCUAAGUUAGUGUGAUCAGGAUAUUUGAUUUUGAGGAUGGUAGUUUUUGUGUCUUGAGAAAUUCUUACUGUGAGUUUCAUCUUUAUCAACAUUGUAUUUUUGUCAAAAUCAAGGUAAAAUUCGAGAUGUGUAGAGCAAUUCAUGUACUCGAUUCACCUCAUGCUUAAUGGAAGAUAUUUACUAAAGAGCAAAAAGGGGAGUCCACGUUUCAUUAUUUAAGAUCCCCCCUAAAAAAAGUAUGAAUCUCUCUCACUGAAAUGUUGCAACAGGUGGACACUGUGGAACCCAUUUAAUUGUUCUCAUAGUAAUGGAAACCAGAGUAAUGGGCUAUCAUUUACAGCUAAUCUAUUUCAUUUACUUUAGUGCAAAUUUUUGUCUCAUUAUCUUUCACACACGACUCAUCUGACUAAAUUAUAAUCUUCCUUCUUGAGGCUUUUCCAGCUGCCUCAUCAUGAACCUCUCAGAGCAGAUUUCAUUCCUGUUCAGCUGUAAUGUCAGCCCCAGUGAGACGCCACAACUCGACAUCAGUGUCACUAAAAGUGAGCCACUGGCGAUCGCUGUCCCCAUGACUGUCAUCUACAGCAUCAUCUUCUUGUUCGGAGUAUGUACUUUUGUUUUUUGAUCGACAACUAAAGAGCUAAUUCCUGUCUUCUUAAGUGCAGCACAAAGUGGUUGAUGUGAUGAUGGAAUAAAGCAGCAUUUACGAGUGCAUUUAAGCUUUGCUCUUUUUCCUUUCUUAGGUUUUAUUUAAUGGUGUGAGCAUACUGACCCUCCUCUUGGACGCUCAUAUGAGAGUCAGUGCCAUUCGUUUCUACCUCCUCAGCUUGGUUAUAUCAGGUAUACAGUUCUAUAAAACUUAACACCUCUUUUCUCAUUAUACACUUCACGUUUGUUUAUAAAAAGCUCUUUUGUGAUACUCAGAUCUCUCUGCUGCAAUCUAAUCUAAAAUCAGAAUUUCCCUAAGGAUUUGUUGUGUUGAACCGUAUGGUAUGGUAUCAUAUCAUAUGAAAUCAUGACAAAUCAUAUCAAAUCGUAUCAUAUUAUAUAUCAUAUCAAAUAGUAUCGUAUUGUAUCGUCCAUAUCAUAUUUCAAAUUAGAUCAAUCCAAUCUAAUUGGAUCUUGUCAUUUUAAAUCUUUUCCGACUCUUUCCUUCUAAAACCUUUCUCAUCCCAUUAUCUCUUAGCUUGUUGUUGUUUCUUGUCUUAAUAUCUUUUCUCGUAGUUUUUUUUUAAUCAUUUUUAUAUCUUAGUUUUUUUUAUUGAUAAUAUCAAAUUAUAUCUAUCCUGUCAUAACAUACCAAACCAAAUCAAACUGAUUUUGUGUCUAACGUCAAACAUCAUAACAUGUUGUAUUGUGAAGUUGUAUCAUUAUCAAACUGUGUCAUAUUGCAUAGUAUCCAACCACAUAGUCAUGCAUCUUGUAGUACUGAUUAUAUCAUAACAUAUCAUUUGUACCUCAUUGUAUUGUGUCUUAUCAUACCAUAAUAGCAUCGUACUGUAUUGUUUCGUAUUGUAUCAUAACACGUUUCGUAUCGGAUCAUACCACAUCAUGCCAUAUUGUAUCAUAUCGUAUUGUGUCAAAUCACAUGAUGUUGUAUCCUAUCCUAGCCAGAUGUAUCGUAUCGUAUCGUAUCCUAUUAUGUAAAGAUGCAGACACAUAACUAAAUGUGUGUAUUUAAAAUAACAUUUACUGUUUUAGUAGCAUCAAAAGGUAUUUGUCUUGUUUUAUGUCUGUCUUUAAAAUAAAAAGACUGUCACAGUAAGUUUAAACUUUACAUUUACCACGAUGAAAAACAUGUGUUUAUAUCACUAUCAAAAUCAGCAUAAUCAAUCUGUUAAUUUCAUCCACUAGACUUUAAAAAAACUGUGAUUUAACUGAGUUUACUUGUUAGUUUGUUAAUAAACUAACUUUAUUUUAUCUUACUUUUAAAAAAAAUCAUAUAUUUUUUCCUCAACUUUAAGCCUUAAUCAACAACAUUUCCUAUAAACCACAGGUAUAUGAUGAAGGCUGAAUCUAUGUGGUCAUUUUGUAAGUCUUUAAUAGAUGGUAGCAGGGAAACAAUGAUGCAGACUGCCAUCAUGAAUAACAUAAUGGAUAUCUAUUGGUUUUGAUUGUUUUGGGAAAAAACAUGGUAUAAUGUGAAUAUGCACAGUCUUCUUUAGAUGUUCUGUUAAAAAAAUGUAACACCACUACUACUUCUCCUGAUUAUUGUCCAAAAAUGUUCAUUUGGUCUGACUUUACAAUGCAUUACCAUUUAUUAUGUCCGGACCAUUGUGUUUUCCUUUUUACCCACAAUUUAACUGACAGACAUCACAACAACAUCACAUGAUUGUACUUAGAAAGACUGCAGGAACUUUGCAGUCAAAACAUGUCAAAGUAAAGAAGAAAACAUUCUAGUCUGAAUAGAAUAAUGUCAGUGAAGUGUCUUUAAAUAUUCAUUUUCAGAGCGGCAAAUGGCAUUUCAUAAUUUAUGCACAUAUUAAAUUAAGAUGCCAUUUUAAUGGUUUUGUUCCCAGCCUUAUUAUACCAAGGAAGUUUUUUCAGGCUGUCUUUCAAGAGUAUGAAUAUCUUUGCCAGUGGAUCGCAUUAUCAUAAUAUAACAUUACAUUUGCUGUCAUUUUCAUUAGAUGUAAAGUUAUAUACCAUUGAAUAUGCCUUUUAGGUUUUACCCUCUUUUUCACUAAUUAUGUAUACCUAAUUUAUAAACCAAUGUUGCUUUUAUGUACAUUAGAAGUCAUUACUUUAAUUUUGUUGUGCAGUGAUGUAGCCUAUUUAAAACAUGACAUUUAAGUUUACAGAAUAUUUACAGGUUGUCAUUGUCUGAUUUCUUUAAAAUUCUAGACAUUCUUCAGCUGCUGACCAUCCCAGUGACUUUGUACCGGUACUACUGGGAGAGCUACCCUUGGCGUCUGGGUCAGGCUGUAUGCAAGGUCUACUUCAUGAUCCGCCAGGUGUACUGUGCCACCACAAGCUGGGUUAUCAUGAUCUUCACCACUGAACGUUAUGCAGCCAUCUGCCACACCAUGUGGUCUGUCUCCAGUCUCAAGGUUGAGUACUUGCAAAAAAUUUACCUUGAAAUUGAUGUCUAAAAUUUUCUGUAAUCACAGACAAAAAAUAGAAACGCAAAAAGACUCAUCAUUUGAAUGUGUGCACAGAAACGGUAAUGAAACAGGGGAUGUUCAGCUGCAUUUUGGAAGAAAAAAAAAGUAACUAAAAGACAAUUUGGAAAUUUGUUUUAGAGUACUUAAAAGUAAGUUUUCCCCAAAAGCACAAGAUGUACUUCAUUCAAGAGAAAACAAGAAGUGUAGAUCAUUUUCAGUAUUUUCAUAAACUGAGUUCCCGGUUCUCUCCUACAGAAGUCUCGGCUACCUUGCCUGCUCUCAGUGUGGAUCGUAUCCCUGGUCUCAGCUGUGCCCUUUGCUCUGGUGUAUGACCAGGCGCGCGCUUGCAUCCUGGACUACACUGCCACCAGACACGAAGAUGCCUUUCAUGUUUCCACAAUGUGUGAGAUGACAGAGCCAGAUCCCGCUCCCAUCUACAAAGGAGCUUUACUCCUGAGGGCAAUUUUUUUCUUUCUGGUGAGAGAAGUGCUUUUCAAGAGCUUUUUUUUUAUUGAAUUUGAAAUACAAGCCGUCACUCAUCAUGCCUUUCCUGUUAUAGAUUCCACUGGUUUCCAUCUUUACUCUCUACAUGCUCAUUCUACUCUACCUGAAGAGGAACGGGCGUCAGAGGAGGAACAUGGGUUUAACUCGGCCAGAUCCGGAGGGGAGGCGAGACAUCCAGUGCCACCAGAACGGAAAGCUGCUGUUGAAUGAAAAGAGAGCUCUGAAACUCAUGGGUGAGCCAAACUUUGACCAAAUCUUGAGGUUAUUGCAUAGUUUGACUCCUUAGCAUUUAGACUGAAGCUCCCGGUCACUCAAGGUCAUGGGACACCAGAUUGGAAAUUCGAUUAUAUGCUUAAGAUGUUCUGCAUAGCAGGUGAUGGUAGUAGCUUGGUGACUAAUGCAGUCUCUAACAAGAAAACAAUUUACAUUCACAUCCAAACCUGCCUCAAGAUCUGCAGUAAAUCUUGCAAAUUGCUUUGGUGUUGUAGUUUGUAGCCUAGUAGAAAAGGGGGGUGUAAAUCAGAUGCUCAUGCUACUGUAGCAGCUUCAAUUUUCUCAUCUCUGUAGAGGUCAUUACUGUCAAGAUAGGUGGCAAUAGCUGAUUGCACAAUUCCCCAAGUUCAAAGUUUAAGUAUCCUCCUGAAGAAAUUAACAUUUAAAUGGCAUGAUUUUGGCGCCCCACAUUAUUACGAGACAGAUUAGAGUGAAAUAUCAAUCAACGCAAAUAUGCUCGAUGAUUGGCCAGUGACUGAUAUCAGAAGAUAGAUAUCGCUCAUGACUCAUGAGAUGUUUCAUUCUUCAGCCUCAGGGAUAUUAUGGAAAACAAGAUCCUUUUAUCUUCCAAGAGUGUCUUUCAUCAUCACAGUGGAAACCAAGAGUUUAUAUCUGCAUGUUUGAUGCCAUGACAUUUCAGAAUAUUAAAAUAAUAUAUAAAUUUAGAAAAGCUUUUCAUUGCUAAUGCGGCACUUAAUCUCAAUUACACGUUGCUUUCUUUAUCUAUAUGGCGAUCAGAAAAAUGCAAGGUCACUUAUUGUCCAGGAUCAAUGUUUAUUGAAUAAGUUAAUACUGACUUAAGGGAGCAGAAUGGCUGGUCUGAAGAUGAACAGUUGGACCAGACUGCCAGAAACUGAAUGCUGGGACUUAAGCACUUAGCUCACAGAUAAAAACACGUGUGUUUAGUAAGACAAAUUCACAGAGUAGUAGGCGCAUCCAAUCGCAUCUCUGUAAUGACUUAACAUGUAAUUCAUUCACGCAAAUGAUUUUACUCGGGCUUGAUGUGUGGAGACAGUAAGAGAGAAGACAGGUUUGGUGACCUAUACUGUGAUCAGUCAGUAGGGGGAGCUCUAAAUGUUCUUGCUUCACUUGUGGGGAGCUGUCAUGUCUUCAUGUUGGUUGUAGACUUGUCAGACCAGUGUAAAUGUUACACAGUUAAGAAAUGUAAUGUUACUUUCAAUCUUUUACUGACACUGCAAAUGUUCAGCAAAUGUCUGCUUAUUUAAUUCCAUCAAGUUCAUGAUGAAAUCUCUGUUUUCUACCACAGGUGCUGUCGUGGUGGCCUUCUUUGUUUGUAACUUCCCGGACAUUGCGUCGUCACUCAUGCAGGUCUACGUGGUGGUUUGGUCUGACACGGUUCUCUCCGUCUACACUGUCCUGAAGUCCUACUUGUCCCUUCCACUCUGGUACAUUAACUGUGCGCUGGACCCUCUGUUGUUCUGUAUUUCCUCGCAUACGUUUCGUAGGGCGUGCUGGAGGACUCUGGGAAGGCUCAGACCUCACUGCUACUUCAAGUAUGGAAGCAUGCCGUGGUUGCGACAGAGAAGUUCUUGUGAAGAGGCGAGCUCUUCAGCCAGAGAGAGGAUUGAUGGGAAAGUUUACAAAGAGAGGACUGAGGGAAAGAAAAACAAAGUCACCAAGAAAUCAGAUGAGAAGGAUAAAGAAGGCCAUGGAAGUGUCUCAAAAACCAAGCUGCAACCUCAGGCACUCUAAAUUGAAUCACUGGUCUUAGACCUUUAAAGAUCUUGUUCAAACCUGGUGAACUAAAAAGAAAUACCUUUGGUCUUAUAAAUGGUUUUCCUUCUGUUACUCUCUUCAUUAUGCAUGUACCUAGAAUUCUUAUGAAAUUUCACAUGCUUUUUUCUGUAAAUUCACUGUCAUAUAGUUUAAAGCUUAUGUGAGGCACUUUGAUGCCCUCUGUGGACCAUGUGGACCUCUUAUUUUUUUCUUGUAAAUAUUGAGGUGGCGUUUCUUCAAACAAUCUUUUCAGGGGAAAUAUCAUAAGAAACCAGGCAGCAGUAAACUAAUAACUUCAGGAAAUAUUUAUGUAUAUCAGUGUUGUCGCUGAUGAUCUUGUUGGCAGCUUCUUAAGAGACAUCAGUAUCAAAUUCAAUCUAUUUUGUUACCAGAUAAAAACCUUCUCAGAGGAGCUUUAAUGGGAAUUAGAGAGUAAAAAAACAACAUUUCCCUUAUUUUUCAUCAAAAAUAUAUGUGCACUGCUUUGAAAACUGUGCUAAAAAGAAAGACUUUGUAAUAGUGAAUGCAAAAAUGGAUUUUAUUCUAGUAUGAUGCUAAAUCACGUGCUUUUGGAUGUUAUCAUGUUAUCGUGCAGUGUUUAUGUGUAAUACUUCUGUCUGUACAAAUGACUCACCUAAUUAUCUUGAAUCAAGAGAACAAAAUAGCGGAGCUACAGAAAAUGAUGGUUUGUGCAUUUCUGAUGUUGGCGUCAUGCCAUGAAAGCAUCUGACAAACAAUAGACUGGCACACUGAAUGGGGCACAGAUGUGGUGCUUGCUGACACCAUUAACAGCUCCACCUUAAAAAUAACUGUUGGACGGACAAAACUGACCCACAAUAGUAAAGAUGGCUUAUUUUUGUGUGAGUUUUGGGGAAGUGUUUUAUACCUUUGUGAGCCAGGUAAAGUGUACUGUAUGUGCCGUUUGUAAAUAACUUGUAAGAGUCUUUUUAUAUUCAGGAUGACUAAGAGCAGGAGACUUGAUGAUAGCUCCGGUAAAUCCAGCUGAUAAUAAGGUGGAUACCCAUGGAGCACAGUGUGGUGUUAGUCCCUGUAACAACCACCUCUUUGACCUCCUCACACCGCAGCUGUCUCUGCUUUAUCAUCUCCU